AUGCCUCAGAAUCCUCGCAUGCGUAUUCGCCUUAUUGGUCCAAGCGGACACAAAUCGGAGUAUCACUGUGCGACGCUGCUGGGGAACUGGCAGGAGGAACGUACCUCCUUUGGCCUGAAGGAUCCCGGGAAAUCACCAAUGGAGGGUGAAACUUUAUAUAAAUCAUCAUACAAAGGCACCAGCAGUGAGGAGGAAUUACUCGCGGCUAAACCACCAGGAUGUUUUUGCGCUGAAGCUCCACCACAGUUACUUUUUUAUCAUGGGGAUAUUGCAUCACCUCCACAAAGUCAGCUUACUGUGCAGGAACUUAGUUAUACAGACCCCACUACUCCUGGAGAGACAUUAAAACUAAAGGAUAUACUCGACAAGGAAGGAAUCUCUACAAGACGCGAAAAAACAGAUAAACUACGUCGUACUAUGGGUUUUGGUGGUUUCUCAUCAACUCCUGGAGUUUCACCAAGAUCUGAAAAAGGUAUGUCUCCCACUGGAAUGGCGUACCUACAAGAAUGUUCACUUAAAGCAGACAAGAGUUUAACAGAGACUGCACGUAGUACCGGAUACACACCUCCUCCAAUUCCACCGGUUGGACGAAUACAAGAAAAAGAACGUAUGCUCACGACUAAGAACGUUACAAUAGAUGUAACAGCUGAAUACCUUAAAGAUAACAUUGAUGAAUACCCAGCAACAAGCAGUGAGUGUUGGGGAAUGUUCAUGGCCUACAAAGAUGAUCCAAUGCAACGUACAAAACUUCGAGAAGAUUACCAACUCAAAUAA